GGACCAAAGAACGUUGGCGGAUUCGUAAGCCCCCAACGUCGUAAGCCUCUUUCCAUCUCCAAGGAGGAGGGAAGCGGGUGUCUUCGACCGCAGGUGCAGGAUCUGUGGUCCCGGAAUUCCUGGCGCGGCACCGGAGAGAACAGGAGAGGACCCGAGCGCAGGGACAGCCGUCCCCGGGGAGCAGACCCGAUGCGUGGCCCUCGGGGGCGGGAAGACGCGCCCUCCGCGCCAGGCUCCUGAGGAGUCAGCUCUGCUGGAUCUGGAUUGGGAAAAUGAAAGCACCACAGACAGUCUCUACAUGAUGUGGCUUCGAAAGACUCAAGGACCAUCCACCUUACUAGUCUGCCAUGGAGAAGGCAGAAAUGGAAAUUCAAACACCACGACUUCCAGUCUGUUAUUAACCUCUCUGUAGACAUGUGCCCCCACCACAGGGAGUGAACAGCACCAAGGAGGAACGUUCUUGGGGCCCCCGAACUUCCAGCACUCCUCUCUCUCUCCCUAAAAGCAAAGCAGAACUAUGGCACUUUAUAGCUGCUGUUUCAUCCUCUUGGCAUUUACCUGGCUCACCUCUGCCUAUGGGCCCGACCAGCGAGCCCAGAAGAAAGGGGACAUUAUCCUCGGGGGGCUCUUUCCUAUUCAUUUUGGAGUAGCAGCCAAAGAUCAAGAUCUAAAGUCAAGACCAGAGUCUGUGGAAUGUAUCAGGUAUAAUUUCCGGGGCUUUCGCUGGUUACAAGCUAUGAUAUUUGCCAUAGAGGAAAUAAACAGCAGCCCGGCCCUUCUUCCCAACAUGACACUGGGAUACAGAAUAUUCGACACCUGCAACACCGUUUCCAAAGCCUUGGAGGCCACCCUGAGUUUUGUGGCCCAGAACAAAAUUGAUUCUUUGAACCUUGAUGAGUUCUGCAAUUGUUCACAGUAUAUCCCUUCUACUAUCGCUGUGGUGGGAGCAACUGGCUCGGGCAUUUCCACAGCGGUGGCAAACCUGCUGGGACUCUUCUACAUUCCCCAGGUCAGCUAUGCCUCCUCCAGCAGACUCCUCAGCAACAAGAAUCAGUUCAAGUCCUUCCUCCGUACCAUCCCCAAUGAUGAACACCAGGCCACUGCCAUGGCAGACAUUAUCGAGUACUUCCGCUGGAACUGGGUGGGCACAAUUGCAGCUGAUGAUGACUAUGGCCGGCCAGGGAUUGAGAAGUUCCGAGAGGAAGCUGAGGAGAGGGACAUCUGCAUUGACUUCAGCGAACUCAUCUCCCAGUACUCUGACGAGGAAGAGAUCCAGCAGGUGGUAGAGGUAAUCCAGAAUUCCACAGCCAAAGUCAUCGUCGUUUUCUCCAGUGGCCCAGACCUUGAGCCCCUCAUCAAGGAGAUCGUUCGGCGCAAUAUCACUGGCAGGAUCUGGCUGGCCAGCGAGGCCUGGGCCAGCUCUUCCUUGAUUGCCAUGCCCGAGUACUUCCAUGUGGUUGGAGGCACCAUUGGAUUUGCCCUGAAGGCUGGGCAGAUCCCAGGUUUCCGGGAAUUCUUGCAGAAAGUCCAUCCAAGGAAGUCUGUCCACAAUGGUUUUGCCAAGGAGUUUUGGGAAGAAACAUUUAAUUGCCACCUCCAAGAAGGUGCUAAAGGACCUUUACCCAUGGACACCUUCCUGAGAGGUCAAGAAGACAGUGGUAGCAGGAUAAGCAACAGUUCCACUGCCUUCAGACCUCUCUGUACAGGAGAUGAGAAUAUCAGCAGUAUCGAGACCCCUUACAUGGAUUAUACACACUUACGGAUAUCCUACAAUGUCUACUUAGCAGUCUACUCCAUUGCUCAUGCCCUGCAAGAUAUAUAUACCUGCUUACCUGGGAGAGGGCUCUUCACGAAUGGUUCCUGUGCGGACAUCAAGAAGGUUGAGGCUUGGCAGGUCCUGAAGCACCUACGUCACCUAAACUUUACCAACAAUAUGGGGGAACAAGUGACUUUUGAUGAAUGCGGUGACCUGGUGGGGAACUAUUCCAUCAUCAACUGGCACCUGUCCCCAGAGGACGGCUCCAUUGUGUUUAAGGAAGUCGGAUAUUACAACGUCUAUGCCAAGAAAGGAGAAAGGCUCUUCAUCAGUGAGGAGAAAAUCCUGUGGAGUGGCUUCUCCAGGGAGGUGCCUUUCUCCAACUGCAGCCGAGACUGCCUGGCAGGAACCAGGAAAGGAAUCAUUGAGGGGGAGCCCACCUGCUGCUUUGAGUGUGUGGAGUGUCCCGAUGGGGAGUACAGCGAUGAGACAGAUGCAAGUGCCUGUGACAAGUGUCCGGAUGACUUCUGGUCCAAUGAGAACCACACUUCCUGCAUUGCCAAGGAAAUUGAGUUUCUGUCGUGGACAGAGCCCUUUGGGAUUGCACUCACCCUCUUUGCAGUGCUGGGCAUUUUCCUGACCGCCUUCGUGCUGGGUGUCUUCAUCAAAUUCUGCAACACGCCUAUCGUCAAGGCCACCAACCGAGAACUCUCCUACCUCCUCCUCUUCUCCCUGCUCUGCUGUUUCUCCAGCUCCUUGUUCUUCAUCGGCGAGCCGCAGGACUGGACCUGCCGCCUGCGCCAGCCGGCCUUUGGCAUCAGCUUCGUGCUCUGCAUCUCCUGCAUCCUGGUGAAAACCAAUCGCGUCCUCCUGGUGUUUGAGGCCAAGAUCCCCACCAGCUUCCACCGCAAGUGGUGGGGGCUCAACCUGCAGUUCCUGCUCGUCUUCCUCUGCACCUUCAUGCAGAUCGUCAUCUGUGUGAUCUGGCUCUACACCGCGCCCCCCUCGAGCUACCGCAACCACGAGCUGGAGGAUGAGAUCAUCUUCAUCACGUGCCACGAGGGCUCGCUCAUGGCCCUGGGCUUCCUGAUUGGCUACACCUGCCUGCUGGCUGCCAUCUGCUUCUUCUUCGCCUUCAAGUCCCGAAAGCUACCGGAGAACUUCAACGAAGCCAAGUUCAUCACCUUCAGCAUGCUCAUCUUCUUCAUCGUCUGGAUCUCCUUCAUUCCAGCCUACGCCAGCACCUACGGCAAGUUCGUCUCCGCCGUGGAGGUGAUCGCCAUCCUGGCAGCCAGCUUUGGUUUGCUGGCCUGCAUCUUCUUCAACAAGGUCUACAUUAUCCUCUUCAAGCCAUCCCGUAACACCAUCGAAGAGGUGCGCUGCAGCACCGCUGCUCAUGCUUUCAAGGUGGCCGCCCGGGCCACGCUGCGCCGCAGCAACGUCUCCCGCAAGCGGUCCAACAGCCUUGGGGGCUCCACGGGCUCCACCCCGUCCUCCUCCAUCAGCAGCAAGAGCAACAGCGAAGACCCCUUCCCCCCGCCUGAGAGGCAGAAGCAGCAGCAGCCACUGGCCCUGACGCAGCAGCAGCCGCAGCCACAGCCGCCCUUGACCGUACAGCAGCAGCAGCCCAGAUGCAAGCAGAAGGUCAUCUUCGGCAGUGGCACGGUCACCUUCUCGCUGAGCUUUGACGAGCCUCAGAAGAGUGCCACGGCUCACAGGAAUGCCACGCACCAGAACUCCCUGGAGGCCCAGAAAAACAGCGAUACCCUGACCAGACACCAGGCCUUACUCCCGCUGCAGUGCGGGGAGACGGACUCGGAACUGGGCACCCAGGAGUCGGGCUUGCAAGGGCCUGUGGGUGGGGACCGCCCGCCAGAGAUGGAGGACCCUGCAGAGAUGUCCCCAGCACUUGUAGUGUCCAAUUCACGGAGCUUCGUCAUCAGCGGCGGAGGCAGCACUGUCACAGAAAACAUACUGCAGUCAUAAAAUGGAAGAAGGCCAGUCCAGGGCAGAUCCAGAGAAGUUCCCUGGGAUCACAUGCUCUGACAGGCCCUGGGAGCUCCCGACUCCUUUUCUCUGAGGAAGGAGGAAUAAUAGACAUGACAAAUCCCUCGAACUUAGUUGCACUGCUUCAAAUGAUGGUGAAUUUGACUAAUGUUCCCUUUAAAAUUCAAAAAAAGAGCCAUGUACUUCUGUGGUUGGAUUUGUCAGAGCAUUGAGAUCGCCAGAGUCGGAUUUGCUGUUCAUGUCUCUUCCUCUGUUCUGUCUCUACCAACAGCUCAGAGAUGGAACCAGGCUUUAAGCAACCCACCUACCCCCUCUUUUUUUUUUCUUUUUUCAUAUUGAAAUGCCUACCCUGAACAUUGCAGACAGCCUGGCCCAGAGAAAAAGUGUGGAGAGAGACAGGACAUCAGCUUGGCCACCCCUUAGAGUUAAGAGUCUGGAAGACAGAAUGUUACCAGUGCGGCCCAGCACCUGGACAAGGGGAAGACCUUCCAAUAUUCAGGACAGUAGAGAGAAUGUGUCCCUUCCUGUGUAUGAAAACCGUAAGAUAGUUGGUCUCCUCCUUGCUGCUGCUAUCACAUGACAUCUAGAAGGUUCGCAUCCCUCCUAUACUAAUACAUCUGGUUUUGUCCAGAGUGUGAUAGUGAUGCUGUGUUUAGAUUCCAGGAUGACAAGAAUCACCUCACAUCGUUGGGAAGGGACUGCAUGACUCCCGUGAGCUGUAUCUGUAAUUAAUAUUGCUAUAUGUAGCUUUCUCCUUAAGAAAACGCUUCUGUUGUAAUAGUCCGUGAAUGAUAUAAAUUGAAAAAAAUGUCACAGUCUGGUUUGUAUAAGGCAGUAUUAUUGAGCUCCAUUUUCCUCACCUCUAACCCAUGAGCUAAGCCCUAUGUGAACCCUUUCAGUACCCCAGGGGUCCAGAAGCUCCCCUAUCCCUGCCUAACGGCUUCCUGAAGCCAAAGUCACACCUGCCUUUCUGGAGAAUAAGCUCCCACUCAUCAAUUGCUGGGAUAAGAAAGUGUGGUUCCAAGAAAGCUCAUGUGGGGCUUUAGUCUGACAUUCUACCCCCAAAUGCCAUACCAUGCCCCACCCCCAUAGUGGAAGUCUGCUCGUGGAUAGUUAAAGGGGUUGAAUGACAUAUUGCUGAGUAUUAAGGCUCUGGAGCCAGAGAGAGCUGGGUUCAAGCCCUGGGUUCGUCACUUACAAGUUGGGUGAACAUAGACAACGAACCUUAAUCUUGCUAAGCCCCAAAUUCUUUGUCUCUCAAAUGAGAUAAUAUCCUUUUCCCUCAGAGCUCUUAUGUGGAUUAAAUGAGAUAAUGUAUGUAAAGUA